CAUGCGUAUUAUUGACGAAUUUUCAUGAAAAGUGUUGUCUAUUUUAGCGAGUAAUCUAGUAUUAAAAAUUGAUCUGUUAGUUUGAUUUCACGUUCGCGAUUGCAGGCCACGAAAAAAUGCCCGUUAGAAAGGCCAUACAUGCCGGUAGCUGGUACACGGAUUCUGGCCCCGAGCUGUCGAGACAACUGGAAUACUGGCUCCACCAAGCUGACUUGAUUCACGGGCCUGCUAGGGCCAUCAUCGCUCCACAUGCUGGCUACCAGUACUGCGGGGCCUGCGGGGGGCACGCUUAUAGGCAAGUGAGUCCUGUCGUGGUAAGGCGAAUAUUUAUUUUAGGACCUUCUCACCAUGUCCGUUUAUCAGGAUGUGCCUUGUCUACUGCAAGAAAAUACAAAACUCCUCUUUACGACUUACAUGUAGAUUCACAAGUAAACGGCGAACUAGAAAUGACAGGUCAAUUCGAAUGGAUGGAUUUAGAUACCGACGAAAACGAACACAGUAUUGAAAUGCAUUUACCUUAUAUAGCGAAAGUUAUGGAAAAUUACAAACACCAAUUCACCAUAGUACCUAUACUCGUCGGAUCUCUUAGUCCAGAACGGGAAGCUUGCUAUGGAAGAAUACUAUCAAGUUAUUUAGGAGACCCACAAAAUCUUUUUAUUAUAUCGUCAGACUUCUGCCACUGGGGCCACCGGUUUCGAUACACGUACUACGACCGCUCGUACGGAAACAUUUAUCAGUCAAUAGAAGAAUUGGACCGUUUGGGGAUGAAUAUCAUCGAAAAUUUAAACCCGACGGAUUUUACGAAUUAUUUGAAAAAAUUCGGAAACACGAUUUGCGGUAGGCACCCUAUUGGAAUACUUCUGCAGGCGGUGCAGGAGCUCCUGCGAAACGACAGUAGGCGAAACGCGAAUUUAAAAUUCCUAAAAUAUGCUCAGUCAAGUCAGUGUCGUAACAUGAAUGAUUCGUCAGUGAGUUACGCAUCGGCUGCCCUUGUGUUCGAGUAGUCAGUGGCCUUACAGCUAUCACAUGCAUUGACUGUUAUUAAAAGGAACACCUUCGAUUUUCAUUAUUAAACGAUAAUGUGCAGAGCGAAGUUUGGUAUCUACUAGGGUAAUUCCGAAGGAUUUGUUUACACAAGUAUAUUUUAACUCAUUUAAGUUUUUGCGAGUAGUCGUAAGGGAACACCUAGCUUUAUUUUCUAGAUUGUAAAAAUUGAGAUGAAUUUUAUUGAAAAUUCGUUCUCUGUAAAGCUAAAUUCUAAAAAUCGUUAGUUUAGUUGAUUGUCUUAAUUUACGCUUACCUGCCGUUUAUACUAGUAAGUAAGGUUUUUUACUAAACGAUUCCACUAAGUGACAAUUGCAUCACAGUGCUUGGAUCAAAGUGGAUGGUAGGGUAUUGUUAAUUUUGGUAUUGUGUUUUGGGUGUAUGUAUCUAUUUGAAUAAAUAAAAAACGUCAAAAAUUAA